AUGACCCAAGCCAUUGGAUUUAGAUUGCAAAAGGGUCAACCCCGCAGCAAACGAAUAACCAAAAAGCAACACCCCCCAGUACAAACCAAUGCAUCAAAUUCACAAGGUUCCUCAUCUUUACUGUUAAAUGAUAUGACCAUGCAUGUGAGCCUUCAAGCUUUCCCCAUUUUCGAAGGUUCUUUGACCGCAUUUAAUAGGUUAGAUGAAGUUAAUAGAAUUCUCAACGAUAAUUCAGAUCCAUUCCCUGAUACCGGACAUUUGAUAAGUACGAACACAACUACAACUGGCAAAUUUAAUUACCAUCGAUCAAUAGGUAUCAAUAGUGUUUUACCAACAAGGGCAAUGUCAAAUGAGGAGGAAACUUCAAUACUAAGACAGCCUAAUAAUAAUUUAGCGUCAUAUGACCCCACUAUAUCUUUGAACACUUUUGAACCAACUAAAACCAAUAGUGUGCUUAAAGUAGGUCAUAACUCUUCUGAAACGACCCUCACGGCAACACCAAUUUCCGAGAUUCAUUUUGAUUCAUGUGCAUCCAUCUCGCCAAGCAUUUUGGAACUUAAUAAUAGUACUCUAUUAUUACUUGAAAAUACCGAUGAAUUUGGACUUCAUACUUCUAAUCUGAUGAACUGUAAAGAAGAAUCUAAAACGGCUCCAACAACGAGGAAUGAUCACCAAACAUCCUCAUUAAACACAUCUAAUCGUACGAUUACUCCACCAACAACACCACGGGGAUUGAACCAUCUGGAACAACUGACAACGGAUAAGCAAUUAAUGGCCGUUAUUGAAAAUUGUCACAAGAGAGGCAACCAUCGUUGUGCACAUUGUCCACGCAGGUUUCGUACUUUAUAUGAAUAUGCUGCACAUUUAGAUGAGUAUAGUAUUGUACGGGAAUUCAAAUGCCCCUUCAAGACUUGCCCAUGGCAUAUACUUGGAUUUCCACGUCGUUCAGAUUUAAGAAGACACUGUGCUAACCAACAUAAGGAAAAUUUGACGGGACAAUUAAAGAAUAAAUUGAAUUUGAAAGACGGUGCCUACGAGACGAAAAAUUGUCCUAAUAAGUAUUGUCCCAAGAAAUUCAAUCGAAAUGAUGCCUUUGCUCGUCAUGUUGCUAUAUCGCAUGAGAGUGUUAAUUCAAGGUUCAAUAGGAAGUUGACGAAAUUACUAAAGGAAUGCCCAGAAUUUGAUUCAGAGGAAGCUAGGGUAGAGUAUAUAAGAGGGCAUUUCGAAAAUGAUGAAUGA